AUGUCGAAACAACUGGCUACGAUUGAGCAUCUUGCACAGCGACUUGUUGUAGCCAACGAAAACCCUCUUCUAAAUGAACAAACCAUACUACAAAUCAUCAAGGAUUUGGGAACAGAACUCAUGUCAAAUUUAGCAGAAAAGAACGUUGAUAUCGUGUGCUCCAUCUUGUUUAAAGGCGAUGGACCCAUGUAUAGUUUCCUCAUCAAAUGCAAAAAUGCAAAGACUGGAGAUUUGGCAUCUGCUGUAACCAAAGCGCUCGGGAUAUUGAGCGUCUUUACUGAAGAACGUCAAAAGCAAUUUCAGAAAUACGCCAACAAAUUAAUGAAAAUUGCAAAGAAUAUUGCUAUGACAGGUGGCAAUUCAAACGCAAAGGUAGCAGCAUUCGAGGUCAUAAUGGUGCUCAUCAAAGAUUCGAACAAGUACGAUACCAGUGGUUUUGACAUUGUAAACAUAUACAAAGAUUUUAGCAAUGACUACUGUACAUCAGGAAAAACAGCUACUGUCAAAGCCAAGAUUAUUGAAUUGUUGGGCUCCAUUGCGCGAUAUCAUCCAAAGGUUGUAGAAAAGCAGCAGCUUGAACAAUUGAAGCGAUGGUGCUUUGAAAGUUUAUUGCUGCAAGCCAGCAACACACAGAAAUUUGAGCACCAGACGUCUCAAGGCUGUCUCAACUGUCUCAAUUCCUUGAUCUGUCGAAGAGAUGUCGAACUCGUACCCAAAAACUCGAAUGAAAGCGAAAAAUUGUUCCACAUUAUGCUCAGAAUUUUGCAGAACAUGCAAGAUACGAACCGAUAUGGAGCACCUAUUGCUGCGAUGGGCUUGUUUACUCGACAUGCAAGGCUGUUUUCCAACUUGUUGCUUCCAAAUUCUGAGAAGUUGUAUAUUUGCUUAUACACUUGGGCGGGACAUCACAAUAAUGAAGCGAGCAAGAACGGAUUACUGGCAUUUGAAGAGUUCAUCAAAGAGUUAUCCACUGUGCUGUAUCACAAUAUCCAAGGAGAACGGGAGUUGCAGACGUUUUUUACAUUCAUGGGACGAUUCAACGACAUUCUCAAACAAGCAGACAGUGUAGACGACAUGUACAAAGUAUCCAUUGCAAUCCGCAGUGUUGGCUAUUUCGCCAAAAUCUUGACCAAAGUGAAGAAUGCAGAUGUGGAAGCUUUGAGAAAGAGCCUUGUCAAGAUCAGCGAAUGGCUGUAUUCCGAUACCAACAGCAAACAAACCGAAUACAUUCGUCAUUUGCCAGCUUUCAUCAAGGCUUAUACUUCCUUUGCACAAACUAUGAAUGCCAUUCCUGGAAACCUCCUCAACACACUUGGCCACAUGUGCAAAAUAUUCAUCGAGCAAAUUCCUUAUGCCACAGGUUAUUUGAGACGAAGUGGCUGCUCCAAUAUCUAUCAGUUGCUGCUCAUGUUGUACAAGAAGGGCGAGGGCCUGGGUCGAAGCUUUACCAAUUCAUUAUUUGAAAAAGCAUUGACAUAUACAGCAACCAACAUUACCAUGCCUAACGAAGAUCCUGGCCCGGUGUACAAGAAGUUGUUGUAUUUCUGGAAAGUCAUCUUGGACAAGACGCAAUACACUACCUGGGGCGUAAAGACAGAGAAUUUCGACGGCGAUGACGAUAAUCUGUAUCCAGACAAGGAAGAUAAGCCCACAGCUCACAUGAAGAAAGAGUUACAAAACAUGCUCUACGAUAUCUUUAUCUCCAACAUGAUGAAGCUCAUUCAGCAGCUCAACUUGAAUGUAGCCGUCAGCAAGAAAAAGACAACGACAACGACAACGACGGAAGACGAGGACGGCGGCACAGAGGAUCAAGUCAACAUCGUUUCUAAUUUGCGUCCAGUCAAUCAUAAGGAUUUUAUCUUGUUUCAGAAUCUAGUGGAUUUCUGGACUACCAUUGUCAAGGACAUUGACAACAAACGACUGAUGCACUGGGUAUAUAUCUUUGGUGCUGCCUUGAUUGAAUUGAGCGAACUGCAUCCCAUGGUCAGUGGUUUUUACCGCAUGCUGUCCGAGAUUUUAGUGAUUUGUGAACAGAAGCAACAGUUUGCUGGAUGCGAAGUUUACUUUACCCGUGCCAAUGCGGUUACAGCAGCACAAAGCCAUGCCAACAAGCCCUCUGAAUAUGUGACCUACCUUGUCUACAGAGAGUACCUGAAGGAAGUGUGGCAUCGACUGCAACAAUUUACAGACGAGUUAUUGGCAUCUAGUCUGCGCUUAAUCCUUGCCUACCCUACUGAAUUCUUUGAUGUCAAUGAGUUGAUCACACCCCUUGAAAAGGCGCUUCGGAUCGGCAUCACAUACCAUCCUUUAGCCACAGUAGCCAUGGACAGCUUGGAUAAAAUGCUAGAUCCUAACCUCAAUUAUGACAUUAACAAACACUUUUUGUCACGCAUCUUGCCCUGUAUCAAUGAGUACCUCUUGAUUGGCGUAGUCAAUUUCACAGAGCAGGAAGCAGAGACCAAAAAGACCUUCAAGGUACUUACAGCCGCUGAGAGAAGGUACAGAAUGGUGCACACAAGAGCCACGUCGGAUGAAAUUGGUGUCGAGAAGCAAGAGUAUGCCAAUUUGCCUGAACUCCAACGUCGCAUGUUGCAGUUUUUGGGUAGACUGGGUGGUAAGAACAAGCAGUUGUUGGCACAAGGCAAAGACGCUAUAGAGGACAAUGGUAUGCUUGCUUGGGAUCCAGUCAAGAAGCUCAAGUUGCGAGUGCCAUUCUUGACCGUCAAAGUGGAUAUUUACCUAGACGAAUUUUUGCCGCGUAUCUGUGAGCUGGCUGAAUCCUCGCCUGACAGACAAGUAAAGAUUGCCGCGUGUGAGUUGUUGCAUGGCCUCGUCACCUACAUGAUUGGCAACAGUGCAUUUGCUGCAAAGACCACCAAAGCCUCAGCGGAAUCGCUGUACCACAGAUACUAUGAACGCGUGUUUCCAGUCAUGCUCAAGCUGGCUAAUGAUGCAGACCCUAUUACAAGAGACAUGUACCGGCUCUUUUACAACCAAAUCAUUCAUUGGCUCACCAACAAUGCGCAUGCGGAUAACCCAGAGACACUCACUCUUUUACAAUCCUUGUUGGAUGCUUCCUGCGAUACAGAUGCUGGUCUUCGCGAGUACGGUGCUGAUUGCAUUCGUGAGUUUGUUACAUGGUCUAUCAAGCAGACAUCCAGAUCCACAGACGGCGCUCAAAACAUCAAGUCUUUGCUCAAACGACUGUACAACUUGAUGGCCAGCCCCAGUGCUGCGAAACGCUAUGGCGCUUCCUUGGUGUUCAACCGUAUUUACCGUCAGUUCAGAGAAGAACGUGCGUUGGUGGAUGAAUACACGAUUGAAAUCUUGGGCCAGCUCUUCUUGAGUCUAAAGAUGGCAGAGGCAGAUCACCCUUCCAUUGGUACACGCAAUCAAAUUACAGAGGCCAUUACUCAUAUUACGAGAAUCAUCAAGAAAAAGGCUGAUGUCUUUUUAAGAGGGAAUCACGCAUCACGUAGACCCUUUAUUGGCGCCAGUGAGGUGGCCGCUUUACCACAGCUGGUGCGCUGGACGUUUACUGAAGGGGGCUCUUUGCAGCGCAACUAUGUCAAGUUUUGUAUCAGCUUCUUUUCAGAAUUUGUUGUACUGUUGCCUGGCAUCAAGACGAGCAAGCAAUGGGUCUCACAAGAGCUGCAUGGUAAUGCUGACUUUUUGGUGGAUAUCUUUGAGACAGAUCACUUGAAGCCCCCUUCCAUGAUUUCGGAAGAAGAAGAGGUCCAUAUUGUCAGUAUCUAUCUCAACUGGAUCAAGCGAUUGAACAGUACACUGGAUGCGUAUGUCUGGCUCAUUGAGCGCGAUGUUGUUCACUCUCGUGAUAUUUUGGAGACGCACUCCUCUCAUCUCAUGCUGGCGAUUGCUUUCUUUAUCGAAAACAAGCCUGAAGACUACUUGGAAGACACGCUGAAAGUCCACCUGGCAGAAAAAAGCAAGAUCAAGUCCAUCUACACCUACAUUUCAGUGCGUUUGAUAUACUUUUUCGACCUUGUGUUUGGACCCAAGGGCAGUGACGAUUGCUUUAGAUAUGUGGAACGCGUUUUGUCAGACACGCUGUACCACAAGCACUUUAUGGACAUGGUUGCUAAGGCCCUGUUAUUGCCUAAAGACACGUCAGAAACUAUCCAGUCUCAUCAAGACAAUGUCAUCACUCAGUCAGGUACAAAGCGUAUGUUUGAGAUUUCACAGCGCUACAUCUCCACCAUGAUAGCCAAGAGACCCACCAGCUUCAUUGACCAACUGACGCCAUCCAUCAGUUCUACAUUGAUCACCAACAAGGUGGACUUGGCUAUGGAUACAGCAAGACCUAUGGAACGGUCCGCUCUGAUAGAAAUGAGUCAAACAGUCGAUGCCAUCAAGUAUCUACAGUCUAUUCAAGCGCUGGACAAGGUCUGUCAACAGGCAGCAGCAUUAGACACACAGUAUCCAAACAGUGCACUCGCCUAUUGUGAGACGCUCCUCAGGAACUUUUUAGCCGGCUGUAAAUCUGCUCAGGAACCCCUACUCAUCAAGCUUCUGGGCAACAUGGCCACCAUCUGCUUUGCUCAGCCUGGAUUUGCAGAGACACACUGUGAGGUAUUUCUGACAUUUUCAAUCCCUACCAAACGGACUGCCCACAAGGAGAAGAUUGAGAUCUUUCAAAAGUUUGACAAGCAUGUCGCUGAAUCCAUCACAACUCAUCUAGACGUUUUUUCAGCCUUGUUUAAAAAGUAUCUGAAUUUGGCCACGGACCCAGAAGAGGAUACUUACAAGACGAUACAUGGUUAUAUCAUGGCCUUGUUUGAAUAUCUUGAAGCCAACAGAUUCCCUGACAGAAAGCUGGUAUGGAGUUUGACAGAUUAUCUGAUAAAAGACGAAAGUUUGUUGCGGACAAUUGUCACUCAAUGGAGCAACGAAGAUCAACAAGCCCUGGAUGUCAUCUCUUUAUUCAAAAGACUAUUUGGCGCUGAUCCUGCUUUCAUGUCAAGAUCCAGAGGAAAGCCUGUUUUUAGUCUCAUAUGGGACGUGUUCAUCAGCUUCUUGAGAUACAAAAGCUUUAGUGUUCGUCUGGCUGCGCUUGAUCUACUUCCAGUCUUUGUCUGCCUGAAUGAGGAUGAUGUCAAAAUUAUCAUGCACGAAGUGGCAGUGAAUUACAUUGACCAACUCCCUCGAGUUCAAGGCAAACAGCACAUUCGACAAGGCACUUCAGAAUACAACAUGAUCACCAGUACCUUGGACAAACUACUGGUUCCUAUGGUCACAUUCAAAUCAGUGGCGUUGUUCAACCUUCUUAUGGUGACAUUUGUCAAGGAAGCUGAUCACGUCCACAAGGAUGUCAUGGAGUCGAGCAUCAAGAGUUUCUCCAAUGGCUUGGGUCUCAAGAGCUUUUUGGACAUUACGGGGGCUCUCAUGGACUUUUUCAAGGACCCACAAUACAGCAUCGCCCACAAACAGAACAUUACCGAGGUGCUGCUUGUCCUCAUUAAAGGCGCAAAUAAUGGCCAUGUCAUUGCCUUUUUCAAGGAACAUGUGAGCUACAUUUUUGGCGUAGUCAGCCAGCCUGUUGAUGUGUACACAGCUUCGCUUGACGAUCUGUACAUGAAGGCCAACUGUCUCUGUUUUAUGCAAGCUUACUUCAAUCUCAUUCCAGAAACGGUAGUUGAUCGCCGCAAGGAGUUGGACAAUGUAUCAGACAAUUACAAAGAAAUCCGAAGCUUUAAAACAGUCAGAAAGGAAAUGAAAGCCUUACUCAAGGUCUUGUAUGAAGGGCUGAAGCAAGAUGUGACAAGAUUGGUUCCCCAGAGACGCGAGGCUAUAUUCACAUUUCAUCGAGAAGCGGUCAGCGCUUUCGGUACUUGGGUGAUGCGUGUGGAAAAAAGAGAGAAAACCUAUGAUGCUGUGUUUCGCAUAGGAACCAGCGAGUACAUUUGGGAUGUGUUGGUGGAUCCUGAGGUGCUCAUUCAUCUCGACUCGCAGUUUUCACAGCCAGUACUCAGGACAAAGUUGGACGCGUUUGUCAAUCGCAAAGAAAAGAGCAAGGAGAGCCCCAAUAUCUAUUAUAUGGAGUCAAUGGAUAUCACGGGAAGCAGUUUGUCUCAGCAAAGCUUUUCUCAAGUUGUGUUGGAAGAAAAUCAACAACCCAAUGACCAAGAUGCGGACAUGGAGGGCGGCGCAACGGUUGAAGUUACUCAAUCAAGUGAACCAACAAAGGAGGCAAGCAAAAAGGACACUGAAGAUAGGAUGGUUGAUCUUGACCAACUGAAUCGCAAUACAUUCAUGCCUGUGCUGACAGAAAUGAUCAAAACACUGAGCGAAUCCAAAGAUGAACAGAACAUCACGGAAGCUGAUGAGGAAAACAUGCCCUCUUGGAUGCUUGGCUUGCACUUUGCCUUUGAUCACUAUCAGUUACCACUUCACGACAAGACCAAAUACACUAGACAAGUAUACAUUGCAAAGCUCAUCACCAACUAUCCCGACGCCUUUGAAAAAUACGCACAUGAAUGGAUUUUGCCCUUGCUGAGAUUUGUGGUUAAAGGCUAUUUGUUUGGUGAGCCCAUCAACUAUCUUGUGCAUGAUAUAUGUGUCAUCCUCGGUGCGUGGGGUGUAUACACGUUCAACACUGAGGCAAAGAAAACGGCUCCACCACAUUUGCAGCAUCUUUACAGACACACGGUGCCUGAGGAUUUCCCAAAAGCAUUAUACAGCUGUUUAGAUUACUUGAUGCAACACGCCUAUCAUCCCAAUCAUAAUGUACAGGCAGAUAAUAUCGAUGUAAUUAAGACAUUGUUUGAGAAUUGGGGAACAAAAGAAGUUGUGCCAACAAAAACAAUCUACCAGCAAUUCACUCAUCCUCAGAGCGAUUACCGCAAAAACAUCAUUGGCCUUGAGCUGGCUGCUUUGUGCUAUAGUAACAAUUGCCAUGUGUACAAUAGCAAACGUCCUCAAGACCUCUAUGACUUACCAGAGGAAAAGUUUUUCGUGGAUCUGGCGGAUAAUCUGAUAAUGCGAGGUACCAGUACCUCUGUUCUGCGAUCCUAUACAGCCGAGUUGAUGGGGUGGUCCUUAGAAUUCAUUGCAAAUAAUGGCAACACUCGCUUGUACGAGACACUGCGUGAUAUAUACAGACAAAAGUUUGUUGAGUUUGCCAACAGCAAAAGCUUCAACUUGACACAAUACUUUCGCUGUAUCAAUCGAUUGAUUAUCCAUAACAAAGAUAUUCCUUACUCCAUACUGCACAAUGUCUCUCUCAUGCUCUACAAUGCAACCCAGGAUGAAAAAGUAGAGGGAUUAAAGUUCAUUGAAAAGUGUUACCAUACAGAUGAAGAGUUCAAUAGCUGCCUGUACAACACACUCAAGCAAGCUGGACUCAACCGCAUGUUUACCAGUAACGACGAGAAUCUUCAGUUGGCCGCACUCAAGGUGGUAGACACGUAUUUUGAUCAUUUUAAAAUGGAUGAAGUCGAUUCUAUCUUUCGAAUGACUGGAACAGUAUUUCCUGAGCACCAGAAUGAUGACUGCAGAGCCACCUACUACAGUUUUGUCAGAAAAACGUAUGCAAAAGCAAGUUCAAGAGACAGGGUCAAGUCAAAAGCCAAGGCUCAACUGUUUAGAGGUCUCAUUGACAAAAAGACAGAGAUUGCGCUUGACAUCUUUCACUUUGUGACACGAGACUUUGGCAUUGGUGACAACAUUCGAGAAACCCUCAAGACGAUCACAGGCGACAUGUACAUCAGUGACACAGAAGACAUCUACUUGCUGUACGCCACUCGUAUGAUCCUGGAAAACACCAAAAAGACUUUUGAUUUCAAUGAGCCCAUCUUUCAGAACUCAUUGACAGGCAGCAACACUGACGAUGUUUACCGCAAGUUUGAUACCACUUGGCAUACAUCUUCGUCUAUGCAGCCACUGUUUGUUGAAUCUCAAACAAAGGCCAAAAAACUGAAUUUGGACGAUAUCGAAGCCAACCUGAAAAAAACGCAAUCGCAAAUGGAUUUCACACAAACAGCGGGCAGCCAUGAGUCGUUGACAAAGACGUUCAAUCCUGCUAGUCAAGAUGACGGUGCGUUUAUGAUUUACGACGAUGACGAUGCCACCAAGACGGACAGCCAACUCUUGGAAAAGAAGAACAAGACCAAGAAAGACAAAUACAAGUUUCGUCGCCAUAAUGGUGGAUCUGUAGCUGCCCUCAAUCGUAUGUAUGCGGAUAGAUACGAGAGAUUGCGAAAGAGAAAAGAAACGUUGAGCAACCAGAAGGUGGAAGCCAACGAGAAGCAGGUUGUCAUGAUACGUUCCUACAGAGAAGGCGAGAUUCCAGAUGUCAAGAUUGCGCACAAGGAUCUGCUGCUGCCAUUGGAGGUGCUUGCUACUGCCGAUUACAAUAUCUCUCGCUUGCUGUACAGUAGUCUUGCUGUCAGUAUUUUGAAUGAAAUGAAGGACGUCUCGUCAGAUCAAGAGUACUAUGCUUAUCAGGACGAAUUUAUUGAGAUGAUCAUCAAGAAUUUGGCCACGAGUGAACUGUAUUUUACGCCUACGAUUGGCUCCUUUUUGCGCAUCAUCUUUGAGCUCGGCGCCUGUGUACCUGCUCUGCUUAUCAAGGUAGCCAGCAGCAAGAGUGACAACCAUCACAUUGGUAUCGCUAUCCUCGAAAAUCAACUCAUGUAUGGAGACCGCGAUGAGCGACCUGCCAAGCGAAGCAGUAAGCUGACACCAUCAUUGGAGAAAUGGAUCCAUCUGUCACUGUUGUAUGAGCACAUUGAUGAAUUGGAGAUCUUUGAAAAUGUGUAUCUGACCAACGUCGCUGACAAUGACAAGGUCAGACAGGCACUGCGCUAUCAGAUCGAGGGCAACUUUGCAGUGGCAUUUAACAGCUUUGAUGAAGCGUUGCAGCAAGUAGGCUCAGCAGUAGAUGAUACGGAAUACAACCUUUGGCAAGAGCAAAUGCUGUUUUGCAGAACACAAUUAGGCCAGUGGGAUCGUAUUGGUUCUGACACCAGAGAUGCGUUGGGCGACAAGUGGGAUUUACUGUGGAGCGAGAAAGAAGACCCCUAUCUCGAGUACUUUAUUCGAAGUUACUCCAAGGCGGGCGAUGAGCGCAUCAUGACAGGAGAGGAAUGGAAAGUGUUCCGUCAGGCAGAGAGAGACAAGAAGAUGGAACUUCAGAACGCAGGCGAGUCGAGAAAGGAUGUGGAGAAGAAACUUAAAGAGUGGGUGGUCGAAAAGAGGGCAUGGCUGCCAAACGAAGUCAACCCCAUAUUCCAAUUUUUAGACGAUGCGUACAAGAACCCUGCUCAUAAGGAGAAGCUGUUGAACAGAUUUGCAUGUGAUUGGUCCAUGGUAAAGAUACUUCGCAAGGAAUACAAUAUGGGCAGAUUGUUCAUUGGAAGAUCGUAUGAUGCACUGCUCUCGGCUUGGACAACAUUGCACCCUUUAGCACAUACGAGUCGUUUAGCCAGACUUUCGCAAUUACAAAGAACGGUCGAAACGGAGGAUUAUCUUGAACUGCACAAAAAGAUCGAAGAAAAGACAGCUGUGCGUCAAGACAUUCGCACCUUCCUCAAGGCGCUUUCAUUGAGACAUCCUGACAGCCAAAAUGAUCGCAUGGAUGUCUGGCAUGAGAUUUUGUGGUCUCGACUUGAGUAUCUCAAAGAUCUCAGUCAACCCAAGGACGAGUCGUUAUCCAAUGAGCUCAGCGCAGCCCAAAAUCAGUUUGUCAAUAUCACUGAGGACACAGCCAUCAGACAGCACAAUAUAAGUAUUCUGCCCACCAUCCGAAAGUACUAUGAUGAUUCAGCCAGAUAUAUGAAAGACAUCAACAGCAUCCGCUACUUGCAGAUCAACUUUGCUGGGAAGAGUCUGAGCGGCAAGGCACUUCCAUUUGAGAAGCUGCUGAUGAAAUCAUUCGACAGCAAAGCAGCACCACAUGCCAGCAACCAGCAACAAUGUGAGCAAAAGUUGAUACUUGCAGCAUCGUUUGAUAUCUUGAAACAAGAAUUGAUUGCUGAGCCUCGACUGUUGCAAAAGGCACUGGAGAGUCGAAAUAGCGGCUUACCUAAAUUUGUUGCCAAAAACAACCUGAGUGCCAUCAUUCAAAACCCCAAGACGCUGGUCAAUCAUCUGGAAGUGCUUGGAUUCAACACACUGAUAGAAGCAAAGCAACUUGUGAGUAGCCAAACUGCACAGAGAGCUGACUAUUUGUGGAAAUUGGGAAGAUAUUGUGACGAAUCUUUGCACAUGUUACAAGAGGAUACGGAUACAAUCAAGCCCAGUAUUGAUCCUGUGAAAUACACUGACAUUGUGAUUAGACAUUACUUUGAAGCCAUGGAUUUGGGCCAUCUAGAAGCGUCCAAUUACUUUCCUCGUUUGCUAGAGUUGAUCGAAUUGUAUCCCGAGACUGGAGAGACCUUCAAAGCAUGUUCGCUGCAAUUUAGUGCUACCUGGAAGUACAUUAGAUGGAUCCCACAGCUGGUGUCUUCCAUGAACGGCCCUAUUGCUCCCUACAUCUUACCUGCCAUUCAAAGAUUAGCAGAGACCUAUCCCAAUGCCUUGUACUAUCCUAUACAAGUCUCCUGCGAGAUUUAUGAAUUGAGAAAGAGCGCAUUGCCGAAGGACAUUUGCGAUGCUAUUGAAAGAAUUAUGCAUAUAAUCAAAUCGCCCAUUUUGGAGGAAUUCUCAAACGAGCUGAGGCGUUUGACUGAUCCCUACCACAUUAUCAAAGAUUUCCUUGCGUACAUCAAGAGUGAUUUGGCCAACAAGAAUGUGCCUCAAUCAUUCAUCACGUCCAAGUACAAUGGAUUCUAUCAACUCAUAUUAAACAACUAUAGUGAGCGACUGGGUACAAUUCCAAAGAAACAGGCCGCCAAAUUUGCAAACUACUUCAUCAGAAGCUUUGGUGAAAAUGGUAGCAGGAUUAGCAUGCUCACAGAAAAAGACAUAGCUGAGCUGGAGAGAUUCUGUCGAGAGAAGAUCAACACAAGCUACGACCCUAGCGAAGAAAGGAACCUAAAGUCUUAUUCACCAUGGCUCAAUGCCUUCAAAAGCAUUGAACACGAUCAAGAACUUGAGAUUCCAGGUCAGUACGAUGGAUUAUCCAAGCCGUAUCCCGAGUUACAUGCCAAAGUCGCUUCUGUCGACCCUACACUGCUGGUCAUGCAAUCCAUGCGUAGACCCAAGCGUAUCAAGAUCUACGGCACAGAUGAAAAGGAAUACUUGUUCCUGGUCAAAGGCGGUGAAGAUUUAAGAUUGGAUGAACGCAUUGAACAAGCAUUCAGUGUGAUGAAUGAUGCAGUCAAGAAGAACAAGUUUUGCUCCAGUCAAAAUAUCCAGAUUGCUACUUACAAGGUCAUCCCCAUGGCAUCCAGCUUGGGUAUCAUCGAAUGGGUAGAGAACACCAAGCCCCUGAAGGCGUGCAUGGAAGAACAAGGUUCUCGGGAACUGCUGAUCAGUGCCAAACGAAAGUACAGUCGAUGGAUCACAUCCAACAAGAGAAACUCCAAAAACCUUGCCGAAAGAUACCAUGCGGCAUUUGCUCAGCCCAGAGAUACUAUCGUGAACAAUUUCAAGGAGGCUGAAGCAUCUGUGCCUGCUAAUUUGGUCAGAGAUUACCUGUUUAAACUAGCAUCUUCUCCUGAAGCCUUCCUGUUCUCCCGAAAGGAGUUUGCAUACAGUUUGGCGUGUAUCUCUAUCUUUGGUUACAUUAUGGGUAUUGGUGACCGACACAUGGACAAUUUCUUGGUAGACUUAAAGAGUGGUCGUUUGAUACCAAUUGAUUUUGGAUAUGCUUUUGGUGUAGCUUCGGAAUUGUUGCCGAUCCCGGAAAUUGUUCCGUUUAGAUUGACGCGCCAAUUGGUCGCUGUCUUGGAGCCACUUGGUAUAUCUGGCAUCUUGGAAAAUGCAAUGACACAGAUCCUCAGUGCUGUCCAAGCCGAAAAGGAGUUGCUAUUGAACAUCAUGACUGUAUUCGUCAAGGAGCCUCAUUUGGAAUGGAAACAAGUAGCCAAGAGACAGAGCAAAUUACAAAAACAAGAUGAAGGAAAAGGCAGUAGCACCGCAUCUUCUACAGAUAAGUCAAGUUCUCUGGAUCAAGAUAUUGCUUGGUACCCGCAAAGCAAGAUCAACAUUGUCAAAAGCAAGCUGAACAAAGGGAACCCUGCUAGCAUUGCCAUCACUGAAUUGACAAAUGGGCAUCGCAACAAAGGCUAUUGCAGGGACUUGAUUGCCAUUGCUAAAGGUGUGUCAAAUAUAGAUAUCAGAGCUGAUGCUGCUGAUAUAUGCAAAGACACAAAUGAGCAAGUACGCUGCUUGAUCAAUCAAGCAACGGACCCCAGAAUUUUAGGUAUAGCGUAUGAAGGCUGGGCACCAUUUUAUUGA